ACAUUUAAUAAAUACAGCAGUAUGGUGUGGUUGACAGCCCUCCAAGGGUGUUCAACAGUCCGUACAGCACGGCCACCUCCAUGGAAUACAACCCCAUGUACCGAAUGUCUGAGUUCAAGGUUCAGGGUGGAAUUUCUCCCACCACCUCAGAGAUGAACCUGUACAGCUACAACAGUCGGAGCACCAGUCCAGUGGGCCUGCCCUCGCAAACACUCCUCUCCUCCCGCACCCGAUUCUCCACCUACGACUCUCUGAGGAGGAGGACCGAGCUCAACAACACAGUGGUACCCACCCACUACAGUAUGCGCUCUGCCACUCUGCCCAAUAAAAAAGACUACAUAGAGGAGUUGACCAAACAGUUAGACGCCUGCCAGAAGCGUAACCAGUUCCUGGAGGCAGAGAGUGUGGAGAUGGAGAAGGAGAGGAACCAGAUAAGGUUUGAGAUGCGCGGCCUGCUUGUGAACAAAGAGGACCUGCUGAGGACCAACACUCAGUUCACCAACGAGAUAAAGAGGAUGAGAGAGCAGAUGAUAGAGAUGGAGAGAGAGAAGCAAUCCAUGGACGAGAGAUACAGAGAGAUGGAGAUGGAGGUGAAGACGGCCCGGGAAAUGAUGGUGGAAGCCAACGCUCAGGAGUACGCCUUCAAUUUUCUCCAGCAGUCCCUCCAAAACAAGAUCCAGGAUGCUGAGGAGAACCUGGAGAAGCAGACGCAGCAUGCCCAGACUCUGGCUGAGAAGUUGUGGCUAGCAGAGAGACAGCUGGAGGAGCUGGGGGUUGACAAAGACACAAGAGACAAGAGGACGUCCAACCUCAACAACACCAUCAUCAGACUGGAGGCAGAGCUGGAGGAGGCCCUGCAGGCGUCCACGCAGGCAACAGCAGAGCUGAACCUGCAGCAGAAGCUGCGAGAGGACAGCCAGCUGAGGGAGGAAGAGCUUGAGGAGUCUCUGCUGGAGAAGGAGCAGGAGCUGCAGCGAUUGCAGGCCCUCGUCAGCAAACUGCAGGGGGAGGUCUCUGGUAAGCUGAUUGAUAAGGAGCGGACCCUGGAGGAAGAGAUCCAGCUGAGAGAGAGGGUACAGCUGCAGUGUAAGCAAGCAGAGAGGAAGGUGGACGACCUCCACAUGGAGCUGCACAGCACCAACCAGGCCAAAGAUGACCUGGUCAAACAACUUAAACAGGCUCAGGAGAAGAUGAUUGACCUGGAGAGCGAUCUGGAGGAGCUGCAUGAGAGCGAGCAGAGAUGGGCCACCAAACACAAGAGAGCUAUCGAACAGACUGAGCAGCUGCAGCUGAAGCUGAUUCAGCAGAAAGAUCUGAACGACCUGCUGGAAACUGAUAAGGCCAACAUGGAGAGACAGCUGCGUGAGCUGCGUCUGGAGGUGGAGGAGCUUCACAGCUCCAGAGUUCAGGAGGAUGUCAUCUCCAGGACGGAGAGCAGAGUCAAAGAGCUGGAGAACGCUCUGAGGACCGAGGAGAGGAACAAGUCAGUUCUGGCAAACACCAUCAGUAAACUGGAGAGGAAGAUCAACGAGCUGAGUGAUCAGAUGGAAGAGGAACACAGGAUAGCUACUGAACAGAAAGAACUGAUGAACCAGAGGAUCCGCUCUCUGAAGCGUCAGCUGAAUGAAGCAGAGGAGGAGGCGAGCAGGAAGGACACGCAGUACCGCCACACCCAGAGAGAGCUGGCAGAGGAGAGGGAGACGAGCGGCCGGCUGCAGAAGCAGCUGCUCGACCAACACAUGCAGACAAAGCGUAAGGAGACUCUGGCAAUUCGUCAGACUCUGGACAACCUGAAGUAUGACCUGAGUGACGAAGAUGACGAUCAACUGCUGCAGCAACGACCAAACAACUUCACCAAAGUCUAAAUCAUCGCACUCCACAUUCUCUCAUUACAAAACAAGUGUGUAUAUGUACAUUUUUAAAAGCAUAAAACCGGCUACAUCUUUACACUACGGUGUGUUGACGUGACAUAUUUUCAACCUGCCCUGCCACUUUAUCACAGUAGGCAGGAGGCAUCUGCAGGGUGCACAACACAAAGUCCAGUCUUCUAAGAAAAAAAAUAUAUAUAUGACCAAACCCACCAGGAUCUUGGUUCAAAUGUUUCUUCCCACUUUUCACAGAUCUUGUUAUUCCCUUAUAAUCUCCUAGAAGGUGUCCUGAAAAGAACAAUGCAGUCUGGUACUAAUUAUAGGGAAAAUAGAGAUUUUCUCUAUUUAAACUCAAGGCUAAAUUCAUUAUGCAUUUAUUAUUGGAAACUUCAUUUCAUAUGUUGAAUAGUAAGCCUGCUUGUCGACAAAUUUGGAUUGUUUGCAUGUUCAGCAGACCUCCUAUACACCGACUAAAAAAGUGCAAUGAAUUGAAAUGAAUUGGAAGUGUACCAAUUGAAGUCCAAGAAACGCCCUCUCCUGGUGACCAGCAUGAAUUUCAAAAGGUACCUACAUAACAAAUCACAGAGCUCUGUAGAGAGAUGCUCCUGGUGGAUGUACAGCAUCGCUGUCAGCGUGACAGACUCAACAGAUCGAAACACCUUUCAACAAUGAAGUCAUAUUCCCCUUUUCUCCUUUUCUAUUACACAGAAUAACAUGGUUUGCUUGUUUGCCAAAUAAAUUAAAUGUACGUGAGUUUGCUAUAGAGCGAUGUUGAUAUACAUAAAGGGAAAACUUAAUAGUGACAAUAAUGAGGUAACAAGGAUUCGCCUUGUAGUUUGUAAUCACUUCUUAUAGUUGCUACAACAGCUGGCGUCUGUUCAAAUGAGCUUUAAACAGCCAGAAGUAGAUUUUAGAGUGUCCAUUUUAUAUAUCACGCAGUUUCACAAAAGCUUUAUGGCCUUAAAGUCUAAACGCACACUUUGAACUUUGAAAGAAAGCGCAAACUCAAAGAAUCACUGGUUCCUCCUAAAUUUGACAAGCUUUGACAAGUUUUUUAUUAUCAGAGUGAGCUUUGCUGACAGUUCUUUAAUAAGGAGGCAUCACAACACAUUCAUCUACAGUGUUUGUAAUAUGUCAGCAACCACUAUGGAAUAUGUUUAGAGUAAUGACACACAACAUGGUUUAACUGCGGAGCAGGGAUCUUUGGAUGUGCUUGUAGCAAAUGUUUUGAUUCACACAAUUACUAGAUUAUUUAUACUGAAACCUUUUUGUGUUUGUUGUUUUUAUGAUUUGCAGAUUACCGAAUUUUUUUUAGAGAAUGUAAUUUUGCAUGAUUUAUGUUUUUCAGGGGGUUUGCUCCCUAAAAAAAACUAGACACUUGGCGUUAAUCUGCUUCUUGUUAAAUGUAUUUUAUUCAAAUUCACUCAAACCAGACAAAAAAGGACAGCUGAGACGUUUUAGCUCUCAGAAGUAAAAUAAAUGUCUAAAUACAGUUCAGAUCCAAAAUAUGUGUUCAUGCAAAGUAUGGAAGAGGCAGACAAAAACAUGUCUGAUGUUCUGUAUGCUCAUAUUUUGGAGGAAAUAACUUCUUUUUUGUUUUUCAAAAGAAAACUAAGUGCACAGACUGGAGCAAACAGGGCUGGGUUGUUGAAUUCAAAUAAUCUGUAGAAUAUUCACUGGUUUGAUUCUCAAAUAUUAACUAUGACCAAAGUUCAUCAAUACUUAAGGAAAUCUCUUUUCCUUCUAUUGAUUGAGUUGUGAUUAAAUUGAACCCAGCCAUGUUACAACAUAUGCAGUUUGGAUUCUCUGUUUACAUUUGUUGGUGUAUUUUGCUAUUUUUGGAAACAAGAGCAUAAAGUUUUGUCCAUGAAAGAGUUUCCUAUUUCAGAUGUGCCACUGUGUAUUUUGGUUUAUCUUUUCUCAUAACAAAAGAAAGAGAUGGCGCCUACAUAUAUGUAAAAAGAAAUAGAAUACACUGACUUAUUUUUGUAACUACACAUUCUACUGGUUCUGCUGUUCUCGGGUAUUUAUUUUUGUUUUUCAUAUUCUCUCUUUUGGUGAGAAGUUCCUACAAUACGCAAAUAAAUUCUUCUAUAAUGUGAA